CAGCACUACCAAAUCACCACUUGGACUCCCAUUCCGCAACUCUCCAAAAAACAUACGCAGUUAACGUUAGACUCCAGCCAUGGCUGCCACCACAGCUGCUGCCGCUACAUCUUCCUUCAUGGGAACACGUCUGCCCGAUAUCUAUUCAAACUCGGGUAGGAUCCAAGCCAGGUUCGGAUUUGGGGGCAAGAAAGCACCCAAGAAGUCUAUAAAGCCUAGUACUCCAGACCGCCCACUUUGGUAUCCAGGAGCCAAGGCACCUGAGUACCUAGAUGGCAGCUUGGUUGGUGAUUACGGAUUUGACCCAUUUGGGUUGGGCAAACCAGCUGAGUACUUGCAGUUCGAGCUUGACUCUUUGGACCAAAACUUGGCUAAGAAUCUGGCUGGAGAUAUUAUUGGGACACGUACUGAGUUUGCUGAUGUGAAGUCAACUCCAUUUCAGCCUUACAGUGAGGUUUUUGGGUUGCAAAGGUUCAGGGAGUGUGAGCUCAUUCAUGGAAGGUGGGCUAUGUUGGCUACUCUUGGUGCACUCUCUGUUGAGUGGCUCACUGGAGUUACCUGGCAAGAUGCUGGAAAGGUGGAGUUGGUUGAAGGCUCAUCAUACCUUGGUCAGCCACUACCAUUCUCCAUUACAGCAUUGAUCUGGAUCGAGGCUGUCAUUAUUGGAUACAUUGAAUUCCAAAGGAACGCAGAGCUUGACCCAGAGAAAAGGCUCUACCCAGGAGGCCAGUUCUUUGAUCCUCUAGGCCUAGCUUCCGACCCAGAAAAGAAGGCUACCCUUCAAUUGGCAGAGAUCAAGCACGCUCGCCUUGCCAUGGUAGCCUUCCUUGGCUUCGCAGUUCAAGCUUGGGUUACUGGAAAAGGUCCCCUCAACAACUGGGCUACUCACUUGAGCGAUCCUCUCCACACAACCAUUAUUGACAACUUGUCCUCUUAAAAAAUGUGCCUUAAUUUGCCCUGGGAAUGUUCUACUCGGUUUUAUUAGUACAGUAGUGUUUCAUUAUGGAGUAUUAAAAUAUAUAUAUAUUUUUAAAUUUAUUUUCUA